GCCGAGGACUACAAGGUGGUGUUGCCUCCCAUCCCAAUGGGUGCAACAAUUUUAAAUUCAGUACUUUUGCACUGCGAUCUGAGAGGCCGCCCCUAUCGUAUCGAAGAUUUCCGGCAAGAACUGAAGCGGUGCGCCGUCCUGUCCGAGAUUGUGGCGCUCGGUGCUUUCCAGAUGAACCACGUCUGGUUAGCCACGCUGCGAACGCCGGAAGCCAAGAAGCGGCUCAUCGACUGCAAAGAGUUGAAGGUGAAGGACCUGAGGUGUGUCGUCAUCGACCCCAGCAGCACGGAAGUCCGUCUACGCCUCCAUUGGGUCCCGUAUCAUGUGACGGACGACGCGGUGAGCAAGCUUUUGGAGCCCUACGGCAAGGUUAUAGAAGUCGCACGUGAGAAGUGGCGCGUCGAGGGAUUCGAGGGCAUCGAGUCGACUACCCGGGUGGCACGCAUGACGCUGAAGAGCGGCGUCACGCCCGACGGAAUGCCUCAUCAGCUGCGGCUUCAGGGGGCGAACGUCCUUAUCGUAAUCCCGGGGGGGGCGCCGGUCUGCCUGCGCUGUAAGCGUGCCGGGCACAUCAGGCGCGACUGCCGCGUGCCUAAGUGCUCGGUGUGCUCACGUUUCGGCCACGAGAAGGAGGAGUGCGUAAAGACCUACGCCCGAGUAACUGGUGGAGCGGCGGCGGAAGACCUUUCGCCCCUGACCAUGGAUAUCGACGAGGCUGAGCGUUCCGCUCAGGGACAACAAGACGAAGCUCCACCGUCUGGUGAGCCCUGCAGUCAUUCUGUUGGAGCGGACGGCUCGACUGAAGUCUCGCCGGUAAAGGACAAGAAGAAGAAGGAGGUGGCUGGUGGCUUUCCUGAACCAGGCAGCGCGGCACCCCCUCCCACGGCGACGCCAAUGGAGAAGACUGUAGCCCCGCGCGAGGCCUCCCCCCCGACUUUCGAGAAGGCGCCUUCCGAAGGUCACGACACUAUGGACGAAACCACCGAGUCCAUCAAGCGUGGUCUCGACGAGAACCCUCCACCGACGCCGGGCAUGACACCCAGGCCCAACCCUUGGAUGGAGAGGACAAAGAAGGGGCGUUUCCAGCCCACGCCCACCUUAACCCCAGAUGACCGGAGGCGACUCAACAGCAACGUCGAGUCUACAACGCUGGCCGUGCGGAUGACGUUGAACGAAGGCAUACCGUUGGAGAGCCUCCCACACCAGCUUCGGAUUGGCGGAGGCACGGUCCUGGUCGUCGUCCCCGGACGCGCACCGAUAUGCCUGCGCUGCCGGCGCACUGGCCAUAUACGUCGAGACUGCAGAGCACCUCGGUGCUCGCAGUGCCGGGCCUUCGGGCAUGAAACCAGGGACUGCGUCAAGACGUACGCCCGUGUCACCGGCAGCAACACCGACACGGUAGCAUCCGAGCUUGUGAUGGACGAGGACGAGGCUGAGAUGGCAGCCGCACCGUCGACUUCACUGGCCCAGCAACCAAGCAACGAGGCGGCAGCGGCCAGCUCAAUACCAGGACCUGUGGCACCGGAGCUUCCGCACGGGGCACCGAGAGAAAAGGUGGACACCGAGGCGAGCCAAGACGUUGUGCCCGAUCAAGCCACAGAGACUUCUAGCACCUCGGCGGGACCCGCGCAACGAGAAGACGCCGUAGUUUCUAAGGACGACGAUCAGAACAACGAUAUGGACGUAGUGACGGGGAGCGCGAAACGGCCGCUGGAGGACCCACCUUCAGGCCGGGGGGAGGCUCAGCUGAGGCGCCUAGAACGCGAGUGGUGUGGCAAGGUAGGACGUUUCAAGACCCAGUCUGUGCCUUUAACGCGUAACAAGGAACAGAAGCAGUAA